AUUCUCAAAUCCAAAGAUUUAACAUCUCCAACCCAGCGCUACAUCGAUAGCAAAGUCGUGAAAACCAGAGCAGAGGGCGAAUGGCUCUCCUUCGAUGUCACCGAUGCUGUUCACGAAUGGCUCCACCAUAAAGACAGGAACCUGGGAUUUAAAAUAAGUUUACACUGUCCCUGCUGCACCUUUGUGCCAUCGAAUAAUUACAUCAUCCCCAAUAAAAGUGAAGAACUAGAAGCACGAUUUGCAGGUAUUGAUGGCACCUCUACCUAUACCAGUGGUGAUCAGAAAACAAUAAAGUCCACUAGGAAAAAAACCAGUGGGAAGAGCCCACAUCUCCUGCUAAUGUUGUUGCCCUCCUACAGACUUGAGUCCCAACAGUCCAACCGGCGGAAGAAGCGUGCCCUGGAUGCAGCCUAUUGCUUUAGAAAUGUGCAGGAUAAUUGUUGCCUACGCCCACUUUACAUUGAUUUCAAGAGGGAUCUUGGGUGGAAAUGGAUUCAUGAGCCUAAAGGGUACAAUGCCAACUUCUGUGCUGGAGCGUGCCCAUAUCUGUGGAGCUCAGACACUCAGCACAGUAGGGUUCUCAGCUUAUAUAAUACCAUAAAUCCAGAAGCGUCUGCUUCCCCUUGCUGCGUGUCCCAAGAUUUAGAGCCGCUCACCAUUCUCUACUACAUUGGCAAAACACCCAAGAUCGAACAGCUUUCUAAUAUGAUUGUCAAGUCUUGCAAAUGCAGCUAAGAUUCUCAGAAAAGUGACAAGACGAUAAUCGCACGAUGAUGAUGGUGAUGAUGGUGACAAAGGCAAUGUUUGUAACAAGAAAACACAAGAGAGCCUUGCUUCAUCAGUGUUAAAAAAAAAAUUGAAAAAGCGGUACUAGUUCAAACACUUUGGAAGUUUGUGUUCUGUUUGUUAAAACUGGCAUCUGAAAUGAAAAAAAAGUUGAAGGCUUUACUCUAUAUUUUACCUACUCUGUAAGUGAGAGAGACAAGAAGCAAAACCUUUUUUUUCUUAAGAAAAAAAUAAACACUGGAAGUAUUUGUUAGUGUUAAUUAUGUGAAAGAAAAAAAACAAACAAACAGGAAAAUCCCGUUCAGUGGAGUUGCUGUACAUAUGUUCUUAUCCCAUGCCUCACUUGAUUUUUCUGUAUUGCUAUGCAAUAGGUAUCUUUCCCAUUCUUACUCUUAGAGUUAACAGUGAGUUAUUUAUUGUGUUACUAUAUAAUGAACAUUUCAUUGCCCUUGGAAAAUAAAACAGGUGUAAAAAAAGUGGAGACCAAAUACUUUACCAGAAACCCGUGGAUGACUUAAGGAACUUGAACUUAAACGGGCCAGCAAAAAGGUCAUAUUAACAAGAUGAAAGAUGCAAGUGAGAUCUAUUAUAUGACCAAGCGAGUCUGCAUAAAGAGAAAGACCCUGCAAAUACAUGCUCUGUACCAACUGCCCGAGGAAGCUUCUUGUAAGGUUCAAAACUGAAAAGCCUGUUAAUAAAGGAAACUUUCAGUCAGAUUAAGUCUGUAAGAUUUUUUUGUUCUCUUUAAUUGUAAAUGGUUUUUGUCAGUUUAGUCAACCAGUGAGACGUUGAGAUGUUUAGAUACGUACUGGUCAAACUUCAGACCUUAAAGUAUUGCUGUGUAGCUGCGCUCUAGAUUUUUCUUUCGUUUCGGUGUAUGUAACCAUACCUAUAUUAUUACAAUAGAUGGGUAUAGAAGCCAGUAUAAUUGGAAACACAACUGCAGAUCUCUUUUGCAAAUGAUGAAAUCAAAACAUUAACUACUUUAUGUGUAAUGUGUAAAUUUUUACCAUAUUUUUUUAAUGUUCUGUAGUAACACCAACUCUGAUUUAGAUUGGACUUAAAUUUGGGCUCUUUCUCAUGAUUGUUGGGAAUUGUGUGUUUCCUUUAGCUGGCCAGAACUUUUGAAUAAAGCCCCAGUAUUUCGACUUGCACUACAAAUACAUGUUUGAUAGUAUUUGUUCCACUUGUGCUUGUUCAUUGUCCAUUAUUAUGACAUAAACUACCUGAGUCCACUUGUCCUUUUUUUUUUCUUUUAUAAAAAGACAUAGUUUUCCUUCAUUUUCUAAGCAUCAUUACUAAUCAGUUCAGACAUUAACAAGCUUCUAUUUUAGGAAAAUUGGGGAUUAUAGAUACAUAGAUAAUUGAAGUGAAAUGUUUUAGUUUUAGCAAGGGCUUAAGGAUCUGACUGGAACUCAGAGUCUUAGUGACUGGUUUAAGAAAGGUGUCUCUAACUUGGUUUAAUCAGUAUUUUCACAGAAUUCUGCUGUUUAAAAAAAAGCAGACAGAUCACAGGAAACAGCUUUUUCUUUAAUCUAGUUUUUAGUGUUCAGGGAAAAAUGGAAAGAUUAACAUUUUAGUUGAUGUUUUUAAGGAAGAAAAAAUAAACCCAUGUCAGCAUAAGUCAUUUAGUGUAUUUCACUGAAAUUAAGGUUUUUAUAGAUGUUCUUUGAAGGUUGAAAAGGCACAGGGCAAAUUCUCCCAUGAUCAAAAAGUCCUUUCUUUCCUCUGAAUGUGACUUACCAAAUCAGAGGCUAGAAUUUACCUUGCUGAAAUACAUGAUUUGCUACAUUUUUGCAGAGGAGGUAACCUUGGGUUUGUAGGAUAUGUCAGUUUGUCAGUUGUCACUUAUUUAGCUUUAGAAUAAUCAUUAAUAGUAAGACAAUGGAAUAUUUGCAGUUUUACCUAAAGAGCAGCACAGUGAGGUGUGAAUCCAGAGUGAAGUUGUUUGAUAUAGAAUUUUUCUUGGAAUUUCCUGGCCAUUAUUAAAAUGACAAAUUGGAUUUGUUUGAAAACUGGAAAAGCAAGAGAUAGGAUGCCACAAUACCAAACAACCUUUGGAUUGGGUGAAACCCAAUCCCAGAUUGGAGUGUGUUGAUUUUUUUUUUUCUCUUCCACUCUUCUAUUCAUUCUAUGUAAAUCACUUUUAUUUCUGCAGGUAUUUUCUUUUCAGAUAGAAUGACAUUUUGUUUUGUAUUAUUUUGUCUUUCCUCAUGAAUGCACUGAUAAUAUUUUAAAUGCUCUAUUUUAAGAUAUCUUGAAUCUUUUUUUUUUUUUUUUUUAGUUUGGGGGGUUCUAUAAGGCCUUUAUUUCCCAUAAGUAAAUAUUGCCAUGAGACGGGAGGGAGGUGGGAGGGAAUGGGGAAAAUGUUAGUAUGUGGGUGGGAUGGGGCUACAGUUUUUCUGUGUUAAACAGCAAUGCAGUUUUAUGGUUGGCAUGAUUUUUUUUUUUUAAAUGGAACAUAAGAAUAGCUGUUUUGUAUUUUGAUGACUGAUUACGCUGUAUUUUAACACAAUGUAUGUCUGUUUUUGUGGUGCUCUAGUGGUAAAUAAAUUAUUUCAAUGAUA